AGAGUUCUAAAAAGCUACAUUUCCACAUCUCUUCAGUGGUCAUGUGAUUUGUCUUAGAGAAAUCUGUCAGCUGACAUCAAGAUUUCACUUCUGCAAGGCGAGGGAAGGAGCCGUGAAGAUGUCUGUAAAUGUCCAGCCUCUCCAGUGCACCGCUGACUGCAAGGACCAGAAUUUUGAUGGCAUUAUCUUAAUAUGCCAAAGUCAUGAGCAGCUCCCUGAUGAGCUGGAGUGUUUGAAAGCACCAUUACAGGACUACAGCGCAGUGGACUGCUGCAUCGGUGAAGAGGUGGUGCUGGUCAAGGUUCCUGGUCUCCCUGGAAACAGAGUGGUGUUUGCGUGCACUGGUCCAGUGAAUCGAGACUAUGAUGAUGUUCGGAGGUUCAGUGAUGCUGCUGCUAAUGGCAUUAAGAGGGCUCUGAAAGCUGGCAUGCAGCGUCCUCUGCUGGUUUGUCCUCCACACAGCAGCUAUGCUAAGAACACCUUGGCGGCUGUUCUAGGAGCCCUGCAUGUUCUCUACACACCUCUAGAGGUGAGGGAGCACAAGUCGUCCCCUAACAAGGUGACCGUGCUGGGCGUCUGGGCGAAGGACCGGACGAAGGGAGAAGCCAUCACUGAGUUGGCCACUGCUCUGGAGAGCGGCAGGCUUGUCUAUCGUGACAUCGGGGGCUCUGACCCGGAGCGAAUGGCUGCCCCUCGCGCAGCUGAAUAUGUGCAAGCGGUUUUCAAGGAUAGUCCUGUAACGGUGACAGUAGUGAGUGAUCUGAAAACUCUGGAGAAGGAGUAUCCCUGUUUGGCUGCAGUCAACCGCUGUGCUAACACUGUGCCGCGUCACCAGGCCCGAGUGAUCAAGCUGCUGUACUGCGGGGAAGGACCCAUUAAGCAGACCCUCAUGGUGGUUGGCAAGGGCAUCACGUAUGACACCGGUGGAGCCGACAUCAAGGCCGGAGGAAUCAUGGCUGGAAUGCACAGAGAUAAAUGUGGAUCUGCAGCUGUUGCUGGCUUCUUCCAGAUCUUAGCCAAACUAAAGCCCAAACACCUGAAGGUUGUGGGUGCAAUGGCAAUGGUGCGGAACAGUGUCGGAUCUGAUUGUUAUGUAGCAGAUGAGUUGGUUGUGUCUCGUGCUGGUCGUAGAAUCCGAGUUGGAAACACUGAUGCUGAAGGAAGAAUGGUGAUGGUGGACUUGCUUUGUGAGAUGAAGGAGCAGGCGUUGCAGGAGGUGUCUCCUCAGCUCUUCACUAUCGCCACUCUGACAGGACAUGCUAUCAGAGCCAUGGGACCUCAUUACUCCAUCAUAAUGGAUAACGGUGCUGCUCAACGCUCAGGGAACGCUCUGCAGUGGCAGAAAGCGGGAGAGAUACUGGGGGAUCUGUUUGAGGUGUCCACCAUUCGUCGAGAGGAUUACGAGUUCCACAAAGGGAAGUCUGAGUAUGAAGAGAUCCUGCAGUCUAAUAACCUGCCCUCGUCCGCCACGCCGCGGGGACACCAGGCGCCUGCCGCCUUCCUCAUCAUGGCUUCUGGACUGGAUAAGCAUGGAGUGGACUCGGACAAACCUCUGCCUUACUCCCAUAUCGACAUUGCUGGAUCCAGCGGUCCCUUCCCUGGUGUCCCCACAGGCGCCCCAAUUAUUGCCAUGGCAGCAAAGUACCUGGAGCUUUAAAUUGACGUCCAAUUAUUUUUCUGGUCCUUCAUUAUUUCAGUUAUUUCCAUCUAGUGCCGUUUCUCGAUUAAUGGCUUUCAUAUUUGCUCCGUCCGACACGUUUUGUGUUCAU